AGGCUCAUCUCGAUGCGCGCGUUUGUCUCGUUCGCACUACCGUCGUAAUAAAUCGGUGUGUCUCUGUCGUUCAAUAGCGUAAAUUUACAUAGCUGUGUGGGUCUUCUUGUAUGUAGUAGUGUGUAGUGCCAUUUAUUAGCUGACAAUUAGUAUUAGUAUUGACGUGCCGUAUCUUCCGCUAUUUUACUUUAAUCAAAGGCUUAAACCCAACAAAUUAGAAAGUCCAUUAAGAUAAUAGGUACACUGGGCACACCUUGAGAAUGUAUUAUAUUUAAUAAACACUACUAACAGGCAUUGUAUAAUAAUAAUAAUAUAUAGGGUUAAAAAAAAACAUAUUCUUAUAGCAACUUAAUGCGUGUCGACGCUUUAGGUAUGCCUGACACCGCAGCCAACUUCCUAGGAUUGGUUGCCGAAAACGGUCGACUCAAAAAACUGAAACGCAUGGUAAAUAUGUUUCUGGCGGUGAUGGUCGCGCACAACAACAAGGCCCUCUGUGAGGUCAUCACCGCCUCACCUCUCGAUGAUAGUACCCGCCAAUCCCUCAUGGACGCUCUUGGGAAGUUUGUCAAAGGAGGUAAGAAGAUUGAGCUUACAGAGAAGGUGGAUCCCUCCAUAAUCGGAGGGAUGAUAGUGGGUGUGGAGGACAAGCAUAUCGAUAUGAGCAUUUCUAGAAAAAUUCAGAUGUAUACCGAUAUACUGAAGCAGGCAGUCUAACUUUGGUUUUUGCGCUUGUUAGAAAAACCAGGCGCAAAAUAAUUCUUCGCUUAUACUUUUAACUAUUUAUAUAUUAUGUCUCGAAUGAUGAUCAAAUUAAAAAGUGUGUAGUUUCGGUGCCUAAAUUAGGCAACUAAUCCGUUCUAGUUGGAAAGUGUUGUUAUUUCUUUGUGAA